AUGAAACAAUUAACAUCACUUAGUAUUGGUGUCAAUGAAAUUGGUGUAGAAGGAGGCAAAUUCAUAAGUGAGAUUAAACAAUUGACAUCACUUGAUAUUUCUGACAAUCAAAUUGGUGUAGAAGGAGCCAAAUUAAUAAGUGAAAUGAAACAAUUAACAUCACUUAAUAUUUUUAAGAAUGGAAUUGGUGUUGAAGGAGCCAAAUUAAUAAGUGAAAUGAAACAAUUAACAUCACUUGAUAUUUCUGGAAAUCUAAUUUAUGAUGAAGGAGUCAAAUCUAUAAGUGAAAUGAAACAAUUAACAUCACUUGAUAUUUCUAAGAAUGAAAUUGGUGUUGAAGGAGCCAAACUCAUAAGUGGAAUGAAACAAUUAACAUCACUUAAUAUUUCUAAGAAUGAAAUUAGUGAUGAAGGAGCCAAAUUGAUAAGUGAAAUGAAACAAUUAACAUCACUUACUAUUUAUAAGAGUGGAAUUGAUGAUAAAGGAGCCAAAUAUCUAAGCGAGAUUAAACAAUUAACAUCACUUGAUAUUUCUAGCAAUCCAAUGGGUGUUGAAGGAGCCAAAUUCAUAAGUGAAAUGAAACAAUUAACAUCACUUGAUAUUUCUAACAAUCUAAUUUAUGAUGAAGGAGCCGAAUUCAUCAGUGGAAUGAAACAAUUAACAUCACUUAAUAUUUCUAACAAUAUAAUUCUUGAUGAAGGAGCCAAAUUGAUAAGUGAAAUGAAACAAUUAACAUCACUUGAUAUAUGUUACAAUGAAAUUGGUGAUGAAGGAGCCAAGUUCAUAAGUGGAAUGAAACAAUUAACAUCACUCUAUGUUUAUGCCAAUCGAAUUAGUGAUGAAGCAAAAUUAUUAACAUCACUUAAUGAAUUCUAUAUUUAA